AAUUUCUGAUGAAUAUUAGGAAACAGCUGUUGAAUGUGAUUAAAACUAUUUUCUCCCUUUUUAGUCUGCUAAAACGUAUAUCGACGGUAAAUGAAUUGCAACUUUUGUUUCAUAUAGUUGCAGGCAACUGAUAAAGGUUUUAUAUCAGUCAUGUAUUCUACGAUUUCAAACUUUCAUUUGCUUCUAUUUUGUGUGCUUCCGGCUGUCUGGAGUGUAGCUUCAGAUAAAUGUCCAGAAGGAUGGACCUAUUUCGAAAAUAGUUGCUAUAUAUACAAUAGCACAUCUACAGACUGGUUUUCGGCUCAAGACGAAUGCAUAAAAGACAAAGGAUAUCUUGUAGAAAUUACCAAAGCUGCAAAGAAUGCAUUCCUGGUUGGCCUGAGAAACAAAUCGCAAGUUGCAGAUGCUUGGAUUGGAUUGCUUGCUCAAAGGUGGGUUGUAACCGACACUGUUGUCAGCUUUACGAACUGGGCAAAUGGUCAACCUAGCUACGACCCUGUCCCUUUGGACUGGGUAAAUGGUCAAUCUGGCGGCGACCCUGACUCUUUGGAACAAUGUGCUGAAAUGUUGAAAUCCGGCAAAUGGAACGAUUUAGUUUGCGGAGAAAAGCGUGCCUACUUUUGUGAACUGCCGGUUAUCGAUAAAUGUCCAGAAGGAUGGACCUAUUUCGAAGAUAGUUGCUAUAGUUACAGAAGCAAAUCUAAAAUCUGGGCAUGGGCUCGAUACGAAUGCAUAUCAGACCACGGAUAUCUUGUAGAAAUUACCAGCGCUGCAGAGAAUGCAUUUCUGGUUGACCUGAGACACAAAGCCCAAGAUGCUUGGAUUGGACUGUAUGAUAAUAGACGGGUUCCAUCCAAUCCAACUGUUGUCAACUUUACGAACUGGGCAGGUGAUCAACCUAGCGGCGACAUUUCGGAACAAUGUGUUGAAAUGUUGGAAUCCGGCAAGUGGAACUGUUCAGGCUGCGGAGAAAAGCGCGCCUACUUUUGUGAACAGCUGGCUAUCGAACGAGGUCUCUGCAAUUUAAGACCUUGCGAAAAUGGCGGCACGUGUUUACCUAUUGGUCUUACACGUUACAAAUGUUCCUGUCGCAAUGGUUUUUUCGGACAGGACUGUUCCGAAUCCAAAAAGUGCCUCCCAGACACAUGCCUAAAUGGCGGUACGUGUGUUGAAGUGGGCAAUGAUUUAAAAUGCGAUUGUAUAAAUGGAUUUAAGGGACAAAGGUGUGAGGAUAACUGCCCCGUAGGAUGGACUUCUUCUGGAAAACGUUGCUACAGAUUAAGCACUAACUCUGCAAAUUGGUUUUCGGCUCUGACUUCGUGCAGACAAAUGAGGGGGGAUCUUGCGGAAAUUACAGACGCUUGGGACAAUGAACUCUUGACCAGCAUUUUACAAAAAGCUUAUGGUUAG